GGCUUGGUUGCCUCAUUUCAUUGCAGGGUUUUACCAAGAUUUUAACAAUGUCUGCAGUGACGGCCAGGCUCACAGCUUCCAGUUCUCAGUAACCUCAACAAUGGCUUCCGUCGUCUUCCCCAUUCCAACCAUUCCAACCAUUCAUCGUAGCUUUGCAUCCUCAACUCCCAUUCCAAUCAAUCGCUUCUCCCUUUCCCAACCUCGCUCCCUCCUUUCUCUCGAUUCCUGCCCCUUCCGUUCCCACUUUCACUUCUCCUCCACUUCUUCCCGUUUCAUUCCCCUCGCCUCCCUUUCCUCCGAUGCUCUUCCCUCCUCCGAUGUCCCUCCAGACGACUCACUCCAUUCUUUGGAAGAAGCUCGACUUGCUGUUUCCGAGUAUCUUCAACGAUUAGGGGUUUCCGAGGAGGAAUCCGUGUCCAUCGCUUCCAAUUCUCCUCGGUUCUUGAAGAUGCUCGUUGAUGGAGUUCGUGAAUUGGACGAGACGUCCAUGUGGAUUUCUUGGAGUAGCGAAGGAGAACGGCCGGUAGGUGAUGGCUUUGGGUUUAAGGAAAAGGUGGAAUUGAUGGCCAGAGAAAAAGGUGAUAAUGGAAAGGUUGCUUUCUUGGAGAGCGCUGGUAUGAAUCUUUCUUCAGCUAUGAAUGUUGCUCGCUACCUCUCUGGAGAGAUGCUUCCAUCUCUAAUUUACAAGGUAAAAUAUAUGAAGGAACUCUUCUUUUCUGGCAGCGGUGAUGGAAAACUCAUAGGAAAAAGUGCUCGCCGAAUGAUGACGAACUUAUCAAUUCCUCCCGAUGAUGAUGUGCAGCAAACUUUAUCCUUCUUCGAGAAGAUUGAAGCCAGGCGUGGAGGCCUAGACAUGUUGAGUUCGAAUGAAGAAUCCUUCCGCCUUUUACUUGAAUCAUUUCCCCGCAUGCUUUUGUUGUCAAUACAAUCCCAUGUGAAACCAAUGGUGGAAUUUCUUGAAGCCAUUGGCAUCCCUAAGGAGCGCAUGAGAGGCAUAUUUCUGUCAUUUCCACCCAUAAUUUUCUUCGGCACUGAAGUUCUCAAGUCAAGGAUAAUGACUUUUGAGAAGGUUGGCAUAGUAGAGAUGGAAUUUGGUAAAUUAUUACCUAAAUAUCCAUGGAUUACGUCCAAUUGCAUCCAAGGCAACCUUAAACAAAUUGUUUCUUUCUUUGAAUUGGAGAAGGUACCAAAUGCAAGCAUCACUGAUGCAAUCAGGAGUUGGCCACUGAUUUUAGGAAGCUCCGCUAGUAGAUUGGAAUUGAUGGUGGACAGCUUUGAUGAGCUUGGUGUUCGAAGCAAGAAGUUGGGUCAGGUGAUUGCCACAAGUCCUCAGUUAUUACUCCAGAGACCUCAAGAAUUUCUUCAGGUCGUUUCAUACUUGGAAGAGAUAGGGUUCGAUAAAGAAACUGUUGGCAGGAUACUUGCUCGUUGUCCAGAGAUAUUUGCAACUAGUGUUGAGAAAACACUAAGGAGGAAGCUUGAAUUUCUAAUCAGUAUUGGUGUUUCCAAGACUCAGCUACCUCGGGCAAUUAGAAAAUAUCCCGAGCUUCUCGUUUCUGACCCUGACAGAACUUUAUUCCCACGUAUAAGGUACCUGAGGCAGAGAGGGCUCUCAAAGAGGGAUAUUGCCUUCAUGGUUGGUAGAUUCUCUCCUCUACUGGGGUAUAGUAUAGAGGAAGUAUUGAAACCCAAACUAGAUUUCCUUGUAAACGUCAUGGAGAAGCCAAUAAAGGAAGUGGUUGAGUAUCCAAGGUAUUUUAGCUAUUCGUUGGAAAAGAAGAUAACUCCAAGGUUCCGGAUGUUAAAGGAGAGGAAUAUAGAAUGCAAUCUAGAGGAUAUGUUGGGUAAAAAUGAUGAGGAGUUUGCUGUUAUGUUUAUGGAUGACAAAGGAACGUAAUAUUAUUUAAGUUCUUCACCCGCUGGAAGUGUAAGAAAUUUUGUCUCUAGUCAUAAAGUUGUGUAAAUAAUCUUCUACCUUUUUAGGAAACUAUUUAUAGAUUAUAUUCAGUCAAAUGGCCAAAUUAGUUUCAAUUUUUGGGUU